AUGGCUCGUACGAAACAGACUGCCCGCAAGUCGACCGGCGGCAAGGCCCCGCGCAAGCAGCUCGCAACGAAAGCCGCGCGCAAGUCGGCCCCAGCUACUGGCGGCGUGAAGAAGCCGCACCGGUACCGUCCGGGUACGGUCGCGCUGCGUGAGAUCCGUCGGUACCAGAAGUCGACGGAGCUGUUGAUCCGCAAGUUGCCGUUCCAGCGUCUGGUGCGUGAGAUCGCGCAGGACUUCAAGACGGACCUGCGCUUCCAGGGCUCAGCUGUGCUGGCGCUGCAAGAGGCCGCCGAGGCGUACCUCGUGGGUCUGUUCGAGGACACGAACCUGUGCGCGAUCCACGCAAAGCGCGUGACGAUCAUGCCCAAGGACAUUCAGCUGGCGCGCCGCAUCCGUGGAGAGCGCUCGUAA